AUGAUGAACAACCAAUCAGAGAUGAGAGACCUGAUGAAGAAGAUUGAGCGUCUGUAUAAUGAGAAUCAUCAGCAGUGCUACACUGGAGAGAUGUUCAGAAUGAGUACAGAAGAGAUUCAGCAGACACUUGAAAAGGUUAUUCAGAAAUGUGAAUCUGGUCUCUGUGCAUUUCUGCUGGUCAUCAUCUUUACUGAAGAAGAGAGAAAAACUGUGAAGAAGAUUGAGAAGCUUCUGGAAGAAAAACACUUGGAAAAAACCUGGAUUCUCUUCACCAGAGGAGACGAACUAGAGGAGGAAAACAGGACCAUAAAUGAAUUUAUCAAUGAGACUGAAGAACUGAAGAAACUCGUUCAGAAAUAUAAUCAGAGAUACCAUGUGUUCAACAACAAGACAUCGGUUUUCUCUUUUUAUAAAUCAUCAGAUGGAAGGGGACUCAGACGGAUUCAUGUUGGUCCAAACCCUCAUAAUGAACCAGACGCUCCUGUCUUCAGUCUCACAUCCAGAAGGAUUGUUCUUCUGGGUAAAACUGGUGUUGGGAAAAGUGCAGUUGGGAACACAAUAAUGGGAAAGAAAGUGUUUAACUCUGUCAUGGGUUCGAGUUCAGUAAUCCGUGGAUGUUCAGAGAAGCACGCCACUGUUUCAGGCAGAUCAGUGUCUGUAGUUGAUACUCCUGGAUUCUUUGACACACAAUUGAAACAUGAAGAGUUAAUGAUAGAGAUAGCAAAAAGUGUUUAUUUAUCCAGUCCUGGACCUCAUGCCUUUCUCAUUGUGUUCAGAGUAAUUGACAGAUUCACUGAACAUGAGCAGCAGAUUCCUCAGCAGAUUGAGAUGUUGUUUGGUCAGGAGGUGUUACAAUACUCCAUCAUUCUCUUCACUCAUGGAGAUCUGCUGAAAGAACAAACUAUAGAGAACCUCACUGAGGAGAACUGUCAAUUAAGAGAUCUACUAGAUCAGUGUGGAGGCAGAUUUCACGUCUUCAACAAUGAAAUUCAGAAUAACAGAGAGCAGGUGAAUGAUCUGCUGCAGAAGAUUGACACAAUGAUAGAGCAGAAUGGAGGACACUACAGUAAUCAGAUGUUUCAAGAUGCUCAGAGAUUCAGACAAGAGGAAGAAAAGAGAAGACAGAGAGAGGAAGAGGAGGAACAAAGAACAGAUGAGACUGAAAGAAUGUUAGAGGAGAAAGUAAAAAGGCAAAGGUCCCUCGACCUGCCAGUAUCCACUGGCCAGGUCAAAGAGAAGUGA